ACACGCACCGGGAGCACGCACAGGGAGAACACGGAGCACGGAGCACGGAGCACGGAGCACGGAGCACGGAGCACGGAGCACGGAACACGGAGCACGGAACACGGAACACGGAGCACGGGGGACGUCACGGGGGUUCGGGUGUUCGGGGCCCGGCGUGAGGAAGAUGAGGCCCGGUGCUCGGAGUCUGCGGACGGAUUCAUCCCGAAACUUUCCCCGCGAUGAGUAACGGCGUGACGUGGAGACGGAAGGGCCGCGUGGUCGACCUGAGGAACCGCUGGAGUGAACAGCCCCGAGGACCCAUCAUCUCAGACAUCUCAGUGAAGCAUGCAGGCUCCAGUGCUCCAGGAGAAGGUGCGGAUGGUCAGCAGGGGGUGGUCAAGAGGUUCAGCGCCCUCUUCACGUCUUUGCGCAAAAUAAAGAGAGACCGGACCAAAGACCCGGAGCCGCCGGAGCCGCUGGGCCCGCUGGUGGAGGACCGGCAGCAGCGUUACGCCAGUGGACAGUACUUCUUCGAGUACCUGGUGGUGGUCGGUCUGAAGAAGGGCAGAGAUGAGGGCAGCUACGAGCCGCAGAUCUCCUACCAGUUCCCCAAGAGGGACGGGAUGGGCCGCUCUCAAAGAGAGGAGGAAGAGAAGAUCCUGAAGGCCAUCACGCUCUUCUGUUUCCCAGAGGGCAUUAACUGGGCUCCUCUGACCGAAUAUCACAGUGAGACCUUCUCGUUCGUCCUGACGGAGAUCGAUGGGAGCAGGAGGAACGGUUACUGCAGGAGGCUGCUGCCCGGGGGAAAAGGAGCUCGUCCUCCAGAGGCCUACUGCAUCAUCAGUCGAGUGGCCUGCUUCGGACUCUUCUCUAAGAUCUUCGACGAGGUGGAGAAGCGGCGGCAGAUCUCCAUGGCGAUGAUCUACCCGUUUAUGCAGAAGCUCCGUGAGGCGGCGUUCCCCGCUCCAGGAAACACCGUGGAGAUCAAGAGCUUCAUCCCGGAGUCCGGCACCGAGAUCAUCAGACUGACUCGGCCUCUGGACUCGUGGUUGGAGCACGUGGACUUUAACGUUCUGUUCCAGUGUCUGAGUGAGGAGGAGGUUCUUCUCGUCUUCUCCGCCGCCGUCCUGGAGAGACGCAUCAUCUUCAUGGCCGACGAGCUCAGCACUCUGUCCCAGGUGCUUCACGCCGUGGCCGCCCUCCUCUACCCGUUCACGUGGCAACACACCUUCAUCUCCAUCGUGCCAAAGAUCCUGAUGGACGUGGUGAUGGCGCCGACGCCGUACCUGCUCGGCGUGCAGAAGAGUCUCCUGGGACAGAUCCACGACACCAUCGAUCUGCUGGUGGUGGAUUUGUCCGAGGAGAAGAAGGAGACGUUCCCGUACUCGAUCGGUGACGAAAAAUCCAUUCUGCCUCCGAAGAUCCAGACCGAGAUCCUGGACGCGUUAAGACCCCGGAAACAAGCCUCAACGGUGGAGGAGCUGAACCGCGUGGUGUCUGAGGCCUUCCUUCAGUUCUUCGUGAAGACUGUGGGUCACUACGGCUCCUUCGUCAGGCGCGGCUCGUCCGGGGAGCGCGGCGUGUUCGAGAAGAGGGGCUUCUACAAGUCCAUCGAGUCCAAGAGCAUCAGGCACUUUGUGAAGAAGUUCAUCCAGACGCAGAUGUUUGACCUGUUCAUCCAGGAGGUGGAGCAGCAGCAGCCCGGCCCACAGCAAGGAGUUUUCCACAGUAAAAUCCUGGAAUUCCACGAGAAAAGGAAACGGGACAAGGCCAGAAAGCACUAGAGUCUCCUCCCACGGACACAGGAGGGUACCCGAACAAGAGUACCUACCUACAGGAGAGUACCUACAAGUGCCUACGCCAGAGAACUUAUCCAAAAGUACCAAUGUGAGGGCACUUACCGAAGAGGGACACAAGGACCCCUACCCAAACAAGGGUACCUACACGAGGGUACUUAGAGAAGGGUACCUAAACCGAGAGUACCUACCCAAGAGUAACGUACGGCACCUCCUACAUACGAGUACCUAGACCAAGGGAAUUUACCUACACGAGGAACUCUACCUACGUGAGGGCCUACGUAUGUGCAUCUACUCAGAGGUACCUACAAACGAGAACCUAUCUGAGAGUACCUACACGAGGGCAACUACCAAACAGAUGUCUAUUUAUGUGCACCGAGUCAAGGAAACCAUCCAGGAGUACCUGUAUAAGACCACCUACACAACAGAAGUACCCAAGACUUCCUACAAAUGAGUACCUAACCACGAGUACUUUAUCCAGACCAGGGCACCUGCUCCGAAGUACAGGGUGUCCCACAAAUUUGACAUUUCGCAGGACUGUAAUUUUGGCGAUUUUUGUUGAAAUAAUCUCAAAUUUUCCGAAUUCUGAGGAAAUGAUUGGAAAUGAAACCGUCUGCAGCUUCUUCAAGUUUUAAAAUUAGACAAGACACGAAAACGUCAAGAAUUCUGUGUCGACUCGCUCCAGAAACUUGAAAAAAGUACUUCAGUAGUACUUACGGGAAUGACUCUACCUGAGAAGACCUGUGUACAAAUACCUACACAAGAGUACCCCCAUGGAGUAGUUUACAGUACUCAGAAUUCAAAGUACUUCUUUACGUGGCCAUAGGAAUGAUUUUAUUGCACUGUUUUUAGGUGUUUUAAAGCUGCAUUGCGUAACUUUUCCCUCGUCUCCAUGGAGAUGUCGUUAUUGUAUUUUCGAGCAACGGAAACGCCCGAACUGAACGGACAGAUGAGUUUUAACAUCGUACCACGGAACAUUCCAGGAAAAAAAGCAAUGACAUCUCCACGGAAACGGAGCAGAAAAGUUCCGCAGUGCAGCUUUUUUU